AACCCUCUCUUUUCCUCAACUGAACCCCGCGUUUCCUCUCUCUCUCUCUCUCUCUCUCGCUCAACCAAACAUUCCACCACCGGCUUCCGCCUUCCCCCGCCGCCCAGUAGCUCUGGUAGGCAGAGCAAAAGGCCGAGCGAGCUCAUUAAAUGGGCAACUGUAACGCCUGCGUGCGACCGGAAUCGCCGCCGCUGGAUUCCAAAGGCCACGAUACCAACAAGAAGCCCAAUAGCAAGGACAGGAAGCCCAACCCGUUCUCUGAAGACCCGAUUCGUUCCGCGGCCCCGAUCCGGGUCUUGAACGACGUCGUCCCAGUCAGCCACCGUCCCCCCCGGAUCGGAGACAACUACAUCCUGGGCCGGGAACUGGGCCGGGGCGAGUUCGGGAUCACGUAUCUCUCUACGGACAAGGAGACGAAAGAAGCGCUUGCCUGCAAGUCGAUUUCGAAGCGGAAGCUCCGGACGGCGGUGGACAUAGAGGAUGUGAGAAGGGAAGUGGCCAUCAUGGCGAGCUUGCCCGACCACCCCAACAUCGUCAAGCUGAGGGCUACUUACGAGGACUACGAGAACGUUCAUUUGGUGAUGGAGCUGUGCGAAGGGGGCGAGCUGUUCGACCGGAUUGUGGCGAGAGGGCAUUACAGCGAGCGAGCGGCGGCGAGCGUUACCCGGACGGUCGCCGAGGUUGUCAGGAUGUGCCAUGUGAAUGGGGUCAUGCACAGGGAUUUGAAGCCCGAGAAUUUCUUGUUCGCUAAUAAGAAGGAGAAUUCGCCGCUCAAAGCCAUCGAUUUUGGGUUGUCCGUGUUCUUCAAGCCUGGGGAGAUAUUCACUGAGAUCGUUGGGAGUCCAUACUACAUGGCACCAGAGGUGUUGAAGAGAAACUAUGGGCCCGAGGUUGAUGUGUGGAGUGCUGGAGUGAUACUUUACAUUCUGUUAUGUGGGGUUCCUCCAUUUUGGGCAGGUACCUUUUUUGAGAGUGAGCAGGGUGUUGCCCUUGCAAUUUUGAGGGGGAAUCUUGAUUUCAAGAGGGAACCAUGGCCACAGAUUUCAGAAAGUGCCAGGAGCCUUGUUAGGCAGAUGUUGGAUCCGGAUCCCUCCAACCGCUUGACUGCUCAGCAAGUGCUAGAUCAUCCGUGGAUUCAGAAUGCGAAGAAAGCUCCAAAUGUCCCAUUGGGGGAUAUUGUGAGGACGAGGCUCAAGCAGUUCUCCAUGAUGAACAGAUUCAAGAAGAAAGCACUCCGGGUCAUUGCUGAACACUUAUCACUCGAAGAGGUGGAAGUCAUAAGAGAUAUGUUCACUCUGAUGGACACUGACGGUGAUGGCAAAGUAUCGUACGAGGAGCUGAGAGCUGGGCUUUGGAAUGUCGGCUCACAGUUGGCCGAGCCAGAGAUCAAGAUGCUUAUGGAAGUGGCCGAUGUCGAUGGAAACGGCACGCUGGACUACGGUGAGUUCGUAGCAGUCACAAUCCACCUGCAGAAGAUGGAGAACGAUGUGCAUGUCCGUAGGGCGUUUGUGUACUUCGAUAAGGAUGGCAGUGGGUAUAUUGAUCUGGAUGAGCUACGAGAGGCAUUAGUCGACGGAAAUGGCAAAACUGAUGAAGCUGCCCUAAAUGACAUCAUGCGAGAAGUGGACACAGACAAGGACGGGUGCAUUAGCUACGACGAAUUCGUGACGAUGAUGAAAGCUGGAACGGACUGGAGAAAGGCUUCGAGACAGUACUCGAGAGAGAGGUUCAAGAGUUUGAGUCUCAACCUGAUGAAAAAUGGAUCCCUCCAUCUCCAUGACGCACUCACUGGUCAGACGAUUCCCGUGUAAGGGAGAGCUAUCUUGGGUUGCUUGAAGAUCGCUCGCUGAAUGUUGUCCUGUCCUUUUUGGCAUUCGUUGCCAUUGUAUAUAAACCAAGAAGAGUACUGCUUUGGACGAGAAUGGACGAGCCAGGAGAAGGCACGUUAUGGUGGUGUUGGUGAAUGUUGUUUCGGGUUGGAGUUUACAGAGAGAUGAUGACAAGAGCUUCUGGCUGGCAGUGGCUGCUGCGCGGCUGAAUGGCGGGUUGUAGUGAUGCUUCCUCUUCUGCUCCUUUGUAUAUAUUUGUUGUGUUGUUGGGGGUUGAGAGAGUAUUCUUCUGUUUUCUUAGUUUGGUUUUUGGAAUGUUUUUCCAUUUUCUUUUUACAGUUGAUACGGCCGUCAAUGGCUGCCAGCUCCAGAUUGGGUGUUGAAAUGUGAAUAAAAAACAAAGCAUACACAGAACAGAAUGGCCAAAGCCAAGUAUAUAUCCAUUUGAAACUGUAUAUUUUCUUGCCUUUUUUUUUUUUUUUUCUUUCGCAGCGACAAAGUCUAUCUGGACAACUAUGUUAUGUUGACUUGGGGUACCGCCGGA